AUGAACUUUCAUUCCCAAAAAGACCUGUCUCAAUGCCAAGCUCAGUGGAUGGAAUUUCUUUCACAAUAUGAUGCAAGGAUUGUCUACAUCAAAGGGGAAGACAACAAUGUUGCCAACACCCUCUCCUGCCUGCCUGUAUCAGAUUCAACAUCUGCAGACGCAUCUGCGAGACAUCCAUACAAUUUCUGUGAAGAUGACAACACACUGUGUGCUGUGGCAUCUCUGUCAGUACCUUCGCCUCAAGGAAAUUGGGGGACAGCAAAAUCACUAUCUGCAUGCAAUGUGUCACUGAACUCUGUCAACGCAAUGCUGGAAAUUAUGGCAGACAGAGCCUUUCUAAACGCUGUUAAAGUGGGGUACACAGAUGAUGCUGAUACGCGUUGCACAGGGAUGACCGUGAAAGUGCGAAACAUGCAAACAAGGAUCAAGCGCGUCGGGAAAACCCUAAACACCUAA